AUGGCCUUGCCCACAUUCCAGUUCCUCGCGGGACUCCUGCUACUGCUGUACCUCCUCUCCUUUGUCCUUUUCGCCUUCAUACGUGUUGUCACCGGCGUGUCCAUUCAGCGACUUGGCUAUGCUGGACUGCGGCGCAUCGCCUUCACCCCCAAGGAUGGCCUGCGCAUCGAAAUUCGCGGACUCGGCUUCUCCCUGCAUCGACCCACCUUCGCCCAGCCGACCUGGCUGAGCAUCGUCUUGACCGAACUCAAGGUCACCGUUGACCUCAAAACACUAGGAGAGAAGCCACGUAAGAAGUCUGGCUGGACACAUUGGGCGAAUGGCACGUCGCAAAGGGGGCCGAGCGGGACAGCUACACCUGAAGUGGGGAUGCGAGAUGACGACGAGACGAGCGACGAGGAACAACAGCGCACUCGGACAUGGAAGCGGCUGACGGAUGCAAAGGAGAAGAUAAAGCGCCUCCAUGGAAGGAUCAAGUGGCUGCAGCAGGUCGAUGUGGUCGCACAUGGGACGACACUGGCCAUAGUCGAUGUCGGCUCUCUGCAAAUCGGCGGCUUGAAUGUCGCUGUGGACACGAGACGCAAGACCGUGGACCGCAGCCGUCUCUUCAACCACCACAAGCCCAAGCCGGACCAGGAGCAGCGGCCUGCCGAGUGGCUUUUCUCCGCCCGCAGCAUCUUCUUCACCCCCGAGGGUCGGGAAUCAACCGAGCUACUGGAUCACUGCACCCUCAACAUACACGGCUUCCUCAAAAAGGAGCUCGAGGGCUUGCGUGAUGCCUCCAUUGCCCUCAAGUUAGGGCGUCUGAGCAUACCUUACGACGAUGUCAAGCUCUGCAUGGAGCGUGCUCAGAAUCGUGCAGCCAUAGCACGCAAGCCAUCACACUCCCGAAGCCGAUCGGACGUAUCACUUCAGGCUUUGAUAGAAGAACUCGACCAUCCAGGAAGUCGGGAGGAUAAUAUUGUUCGCACCGUGUCUGACUCUCGCGAGUUCGCCAGCUCCAUUCUGCGUGGUAUCCACGAGUUCCAAUUUGCCAUUGGCUUCCUUGGGCUCACCAAACGGAUUCAGUCGGGUCAGGAUGCAGAGCCACCGGUCUACCUCAAUGUAUCGAUGAAAGAAGUGGGCAUGGAUCUGCUUCGUCUCGACCCUCGCAGCCCUGCGCACUUGAUGUACUUUUCCCCCAAUGAUAUUGCGCACCAAGCCUUAUUAGCAGCUAUUUCUAUAUCAGUCGGCAUUGACGAUGGUCAAGGUCAUCCAGAGCGCCUCCUUUAUGUGCCCAUGGCUACCACUACACUCAAUACAACCCUGCCUUCGAAGACCAUUCACUUUUCCAACGAUAGAAACAGCGCUGACCGAAACACAAACAUUCUUUUUGCUAAUUUGGUCAUUACAUCUCCGUCGAUGGACCUUGAUCCCAAGCAUGUGCCACUCCUACUCGCCAUGCUCCAAAACCGUCAGACAGAUAGCAAGCCGAGCAAAGCCCGACACCAUAAGCGAUACCUCAUCCGUCGACUGUUGCCAAAAGCGAAUAUCAAGAUUUCCAUCCACGAGCCUGUUAUCCGCAUUACAUUACCUCCCAUGGACGCCGAGAGAAAGGAAACGGAUGAAUUCGAUUUGCUGAUCGCUGCGUCGUCGUCUUUGUCUCUUGACAUGGAGUCUUCACAUGCAGCAGAUGGGGAACUCCACUAUGCGCUCAGCUCAACCUUUCGAGCGAAUGCCCAGCAACUAUACUAUCAAACAGCGUCCAUUGAAAGGCAUAAUUUGCUGCUCACUGAUUAUCUCGAGUUCAAAGUCCAAUUAAGCGCAGCUCCGGAACCCGUGGUGGAAGUACGAGGAACGGCGCAGACCUUCUCACUGAACCUUGUCCGUCCAGAGAUUAGUGAAGGAGUUCGCCAGAUUGUCACACAAAUGCAAAAGAGUAGGAGCAAAAAGCGUGGUGUGCCAAAGAAGAAGGAGGGUAAUUUCCUGCGUAGGCUCCCGACAUGGCUUACCUACAUUCAUCUCCAAGGUUCAGACUUUGAUCUCGAGGUGGCGGGCGUGGAUCCUGCUGUUUCACAGCACAGUCGCGGGCUAGCGCUACACCUUGAGUCCAUGACGGCUGAAUACAAACAGAGUCGAGAGGAUGAGAGUGAGCAGAAGCCAAUGCGACGACGUGUGCCAAGCAGAACAAUCAACAGAGAAGAGCACCUCUUGCGAUCUUCCACUCCAUCGUCCCCCAAAUCACCCAGAAACGGGCCAGUGAACGAAGGCGAUGGUCGACGUCUUGCCAUGCACUUUCAUGGACUCGAAGCUGUCGUGAUUGAGGGUCAUGACCAAUCGGAGCAAGAACCCACGCUAUCCUUGCCGCGCAUGGAGAUUGCUCUCUCGACACUGUCAGACAAACAAGGUCCAAUAUUCCAUAUCCACUCUUUCAGCCAGAGCUUAUUCCUUCGAUACUCACUGUACCGCCAUUUCGCCCUGGGAAUGGCGAUACAAGUCCUGGCACGAUCGUUUGAUUUUCAAUUGGGACCGUCUGCACCCGUACCACCUCAAUCUCCAACCUCACCACACCACCUGUCUGUCCCGUCUCUCGAUGACGCACAUAUUGACACGCUAACUGGAUUGAAACCUGAGGUCGUCACAAUCGACGUCAAAGCACAUUUUGUGCAGAUCAAGGCCGACAUGCCUGCCGACCCGCCUCUGAUGAUUCAAAUAUACGCACUGGAGGCCGGGCGGCAUCGAUGGGCAAGUCCGUUCCUUCGUUCGAGGUUGGUGCGCUUGUAUGCCGAAAGCCCAAGCAUCAAGCGUGUCUGGUGCCGUAUUGUAAGUGUCAAGUCUCUGCGUUUGGACUAUAGGCAGUCCAAGCGGAGAUAUGGACAUACUAUCACGAAUGAGAAGUCUUUUGAUAUCGCGACAGACGCCAUCCGCAUUGCCGUGCCCCAUCAACUGGUCACGCACAAGAUCUUUGACAACAUUGCAAAUGUCACAAAGACAAUCAAGCAGGUUCGACAUCGAUACGAAACCGGGACUGACGAAUACAUCCUGGACAAGGCGCCAGAGGGUCCCAAGCAGGUUCCAAAGAUUUCACUACGAAGUCGAGCUGUGCUCUUUGAGCUGGAAGAUAAUUCUUUUGAGUGGAAGUUGGGUACAAUUUACCGGAUCGGCCUCAUGGAGCAGAAGCAGAGACUUGCGCGCGAGCACGCAUUCGAUUUGAAAGUCAAGAAGAUGCAACAGCAACAAGAUGAUCGUGGCAACUCACGCCGUGCGAGAUCUGCGCAUGGCUCUGCUUAUGAGUCUCGACUUCGCGGAAAAGCAAAGAAGAGGGAGAAGGAGCUACGGUUCCACCGCCGCAGUAAAAGCACUGAUUCCAGUGGCCUGGGUUCGCCGACCCGAGGUCGAUCAGAGCAUCCCAUGAGGUACGACAAGGACGGCUUCAGUGGUCUCAGCGGGGCCUAUCAGACGUCCAUUGAAGAAGCUCGCGAGAAGCUAAAUCGUUUGAAUGCUCAAACGUGGAAAAAGCGUAUUGAUCAUGCCAUGCAUACGCAGAACACUUCGAUCAAUGAUAUUCGCUCCAUGUUCUGGGGUCUCGACGAAUUGCCAGAUGACGUUGAGCAAAAGGAGACGAUACUGGCUAUCCCACAGCGUCCGGCGUUGAUGGCGCUUGCGGUCAGCGACUUGGACAUUGUCAUCGAUAAACCUUCGUUCCCAAUAUCGGAGUAUCCGCGAUUUCUGCAGCGGGUGGGGAAGGGCAUGCCGCUUGACACGCAGUAUGCUCUUUUGAUUCCCAUGCAUGUUCAAAUACAGAUGGGAGAGGCCAAGGUCCAGCUGCGAGACUAUCCACUACCACUCUUGCAUUUCCCAGCUAUUGGUAGUAUACAAUCAUCGCGACUACCGAGUGUGUCGAUGAGGACCGAUUUUGUCAUUGCAGAAGAGUAUAGGGACAUUGAGUCUUCGAGAAUAAGUCGGGUGGUGGUUGUACCACCCGAGCAGACCUCAUCAGGCGAGCUUACUGGCGGCUACGUGGUUGACGUCCGCCGAACGGUGGCACCUGUGAAGACGUACUCUGACAUGGCUAUUGACAUUAAUUCAGCACACCCGACCAGGAUCACAUGGGGCACAUCUUAUCAGCCCGCGAUACAAGAUAUGAUGCAGAUCAUUGAGAACUUUACAAAACCUGCGAUUGAUCCUUCGGAGCGAGUGGGUUUCUGGGACAAGAUUCGGUUGACGUUCCACUCGAGAAUCAACGUGUCGUGGAAAGGAGAUGGCGAUGUCCAUCUCAUUCUCAAAGGUUCCCGCGAUCCGUACAUGGUCACAGGCCAUGGUGCUGGAUUCGUCAUGUGCUGGCAAAACGACGUCCAGCUUAGCAUUGCAGAGGACGAUGAUCCAAAGAAUUUCAUGAUUGUGAAGAGUGGAAGCUACACGUCACCGCUCGCCCAGAAACGUCGUCUAGUGACUCUAGCCGUAGGCAGCUUGCGGCGUUUAAGAAGACGGUCAUGA